AUGAUUUUCAAGCCUCACCAGCUACGACCAAUUCCCCCAUUUCUCCUCCCAUUUACGGAUUCAACCACUUGCACUCAAGUUCGAAGUUUGCAUUAUCGCAUGAAGGCGCCGCCCGUACCACGUCCCACACCCUUUGUGCCGGAUGCUCAAACGUUUCUUACACUCAUUGGACGGAACUUGAGCCAGCAUGCAUCGAAGAUUCCUUCUUGGAAAGCAUUAUUUACAUUAACCUCCGAUCAAUUACGAGAAUUGGGUGUUGAGCCUCCACGGAGUCGACGCUACCUCUUGCGCUGGCGCGAGAAAUUUAGAAAAGGGCAGUACGGCAUUGGUGGGGACUUGCAACAUAUUGAAAAUGGAGUUGCAGAAUUGCGUGUAGUUGAAGUGCCAUCUUCAAGCCCGAUACACAGUGCAGCUACCGCAACAUCCUCCCCAGGACAUCGAAAGAUAGUGGUCAAUGUGCCCAUUGGGGGCAGUGCAGAAAAUGAAUUGGCUGAGCAGAUUCCUGUUCAAGGUGUGAGUAUUAAGGGAGCACAUACCAUUAUCGGACCCCAUGUGCAACCUUUGAAAGGAGGAAAUGGUGCGAGAUUUGUUGUCAAAGAAGGAUUAUGGGAAGAUCGCAGAGGUUACAAGAUUGAUGGCGGCGAAAGGAGACAAGCCGAAGUUCGAGCAAAGAGGAGAGGAGAAGAGAAACGUGCAGCCAGAUAA